UUGUGAUUCUUUGAGAAACCAUAUAAUAGGACUUGCUGAAAGCUAGCAAAGAUGCAAUUGAUACACACAACACUCAGUAUGCAUAACUCUCUUCUUGCUCAUAAAUUCAUAAUCCAAAUGCUCCAACAAAUGCUUUCUUGAGCGUUUGAAUCUCCCAGAAAAAUCGGAUAUUCCGAUGAGCGGUGGUCGCCAAUAUGAAAUACUCCGGCAAACGGUGGAUGUCGGCGCCUUGGCCAAUCACUACGCCGCCAAGCUUCAGCUCUGCCACCAACGCGGCCCUUCCGGCCACCGUAUCGCCGCCGGGGUCCAUGCCCAGAUGAUUGCUUCUGGAUUCAUCCCAGCCAGCCACAUUCGUAACCGUUUGAUUGAUAUUUACAGCAAAUCCUCCAAUUUGAACUACGCGGAGAAGCUGUUCGACGAAAUUCCCAAACCAGAUAUCGUUGCAAGAACCACCAUGAUCGCCGCGUAUUCUGCUUCCCGGAGCCCCAAAUUGGCCAGAGAUAUAUUUGAAAAGACGCCUCUGAGAAUCCGUGACACGGUCUGCUACAAUGCCAUGAUCACUUGCUAUUCCCAUAGCAACGAUGGCCAUGCCGCCAUUCAGCUCUUCAAUGAAAUGAGGCGGCAGAGUUUUGGACCUGAUAACUUCACUUACUGUAGCACGCUCGCAGCGUUGGCGCUUAUCGCCACUCGCGAGGAGCAAUGCCAGCAGCUGCACUGUGUUGUGCUCAAGUCGGGCUGCGCUUUGGUUACUUCUGUUCAGAAUGCUCUGUUAUCGGUUUAUGUGAAGUGUGCAGCUUCGCCACUGGUGUCUUCUUCGUCGCUGUUUGCUUCCGCCAGGAAACUGUUUGAUGAGAUGCCGGUGAAGGAUGAAUUGUCGUGGACAACGAUGAUCACAGGGUAUGUGAAAAAUAAAGACCUUGAUGCUGCAAGAGAAGUUUUUGAUGGGAUGGAUCAAGAUUUGGUGGUGGCUUGGAAUGCUAUGAUUUCUGGAUAUGUGCAGGAGGGCAUGGUUAUGAAAGUGUUUGAAAUGUUCAGAAAUAUGCACUCUUUGGGGAUUAAAUACGAUGAUUUUACCUACACCAAUAUCUUGAGUGCUUGUGCCGAUGCCAGCUUGUUUCUUCAUGGCAAGCAGAUUCAUGCAUACAUUCUGCGGACAGAGGUGAAGCCCCCGAGGGAUCUCAUGGUUUCGGUGACUAACGCGUUGAUCACAUUAUAUUGGAAGUGUGGUCAAAUUUACCAAGCAAGAACCAUAUUUGAUGCAGCUUGUACCAAGGAUCUUGUUUCUUGGAAUGCUAUGUUAUCAGCUUAUGUGAGUGUGGGGAAAAUUUAUGAGGCUAAGGCCAUUUUCAAUGAGAUGCACGAGAAAAAUAUUUUAUCCUGGACAGUUAUGAUUUCAGGGUUGGCUCAGCAUGGUUUAGGUGAAGAAGCUCUGAAACUUUUCAAUGGGAUGAAGUCUUACGGGAUUGAACCGUGCGACUAUGCCUUUUCAGGCGCCAUCACCUCUUGUGCUGUACUUGCAGCAUUGGAACAAGGGCGCCAGCUUCACGGUCAGCUCAUUCGUGUUGGCUUUGACUCGAGCCUUUCAGCAGGAAAUGCUCUUAUAACAAUGUAUGGAAGAUGUGGUGCUCUUGAUGCAGCAUAUGUUGUGUUUCUUACCAUGCCUUGUCUGGAUCAGGUGUCGUGGAAUGCAAUGAUAGCAGCCCUUGGACAACAUGGGCACGGGGAGAAAGCAACAGAGUUAUAUGAAGAGAUGUUGGAGGAACACAUUUUGCCUGAUAGGAUCACAUUUCUCACAGUCCUCUCUGCGUGUAGUCAUGCAGGUUUAGUUGAUCAAGGCAAGAAAUACUUUGAGUCCAUGACUAAAGUAUAUGGAAUCACUCCCGGUGAGGAUCAUUAUGCACGACUGAUUGAUUUAUUGGGACGAUCUGGAAAAUUAAAUGAAGCUCAGAAUGUGAUCCGGGCCAUGCCUUUUGAGCCCGGAGCACAAAUUUGGGAGUCGUUACUUUCUGGCUGCCGGCUUCAUGGAAACAUGGAUUUAGGGGUCCAUGCUGCGGAAAAACUCUUUGACAUGAUUCCGCAGCAUGAUGGCACCUAUAUCCUUUUGGCAAAUAUGUUUGCUGCUGCAGGGCAAUGGCAUAAUGUUGCUGCAGUCCGUAAGUUUAUGAGGGAUAGAGGAGUGAAGAAAGAGCCCGGGUGUAGUUGGCUUGAGGUCGAAAAGAAGGUUCAUGUGUUCUUAGUUGACGACGCUGUACACCCUGAGGUUCAUGAGGUUUACAAUUAUCUGAAGGGGUUGGUGGUAAGGUUAAGGGAAUUGGGAUAUGUUCCAGAUACCAAAUAUGUAUUGCAUGAUAUGGAGUCGGAACAAAAAGAACAUUCGUUGUCAACACAUAGUGAGAAGUUGGCAGUUGUUUAUGGGUUCCUAAAACUUCCUCGUCAUGCCACCAUUAGAAUCUUCAAGAACCUCCGUAUUUGUGGGGACUGCCACAGUGCAAUCAAGUUCAUGUCGAAAGCUGAGGAUAGAGAGAUUAUUGUAAGAGAUGGGAAGAGGUUUCAUCAUUUUAGGGAUGGUGAAUGCUCUUGUGGUGAUUACUGGUGAAGACUUGGUUGCUGAAGAGAAAGCUGAAGUAAGGCUUCUCAGGAACAGGUAUCCUUCUCAAUAACCAACCUACCAGCCAAGAUAUCAUGGCAAUUUCGAUGCAUGCGCGCCAUUGCUUCCAGUUGAGCCUCUCUGUAUCUGCAAACCUUUUCAACAACUCCACAAUAACAACCUGCAGAAGAACUAUCAUGCUUAGUAACAUCCAGAAUAGCCUUUUCUUUUUCAGUCUCUCAAAGAUGUUCCUCCCCUUUACCGUGUUGAAUAUGGUGAAGAUUUGGCAGAGGACAAAGAUGUUGAAAAUCAAAGUAUCCUUUUCUGUGCCACUUAGUUUGAAAGUUGCUUCACCCUCGAACUGUAUGGCAUCUCUUGCAUAAGGCUUUCAGCAGGAUUAUCGACUGAAAGAGCUAAAACAACUAAUGUGCCUACUACCAACUUUACCCACAGUAGUUGGAGAGCUGCAAAUGGAAUCUUACCAGAUGAAAUGGAUGUAACUAUGUUGAUUGCUGGGGGUUCUCCUGAAAAAAUUGUAGUCACAGAGUCCGUCACCAGAGAGGCCGUUGUAGCUGUGAGCUGGAAUUGUGCAUAUAUCUGGAUGUUGUUGUAUACGCCUCUUCCCCACUUCAUAGCUUUUUCUAUGGGAUCAAAACUAUCACCCAAGAUGAUAAUAUCUGACUUUUCCUUCACGGAAUAAGAUUCUUGGAUUCCAAGAUAGAAACCCACACCAGCUUCCUCGAAAAGUUCUUCAUCGCCUCCAAUAACUCCUACUAUAUGGCCGAAAUCUUUCAGGCAUUGUAACAGCAGAAGCUUGUCUGAAGUAGAGGCUCCAGCAAUCACACUAUACUUUUCUGCCUUCUCCAAUCUCUCUUGAUCAGUAAAGCUUCUAAAUUCUUCGCCUUCAAUGAUGGCAUCUGUGACUGCUGUUUGAUUAGGACUGAGUAUGCCACAUUCUAGAGCCGAUAUCUUUGCCUUCUGGACAUCUUCUGUUGUGAUCAGUUUGACGUGCACUCUGGCUUCUUGGCAUUCUCUCACAACUUUGCUUAUGUUGUGCCGAAACACAUCCUUUAGACCUAAAAACCCUAUCAAUGUGAAAUUUUCUUGGUUGAGCCCUGAAACAGUUGCGUGUGCAUACGCUAUGCAGUUGAGGCCAUUAUUCUUCAUCUCCUGGACAAUUCUCUUGAAUGUUGCCCUCGCAUUUUCACUGAUAUCUUUGAUUACCCCAUCUUCUUCAUAAUAUUGAGUGCAAAGAGCCAGAAUCUCAUCCACUGAUCCUUUCAUGUGAAUGUGUACUCUGUUAUCACCGUUUCUCUGUAUCCAAAUGCAGCCAUCUUUCUUCUGUUGGUCGAGGCUUUCAAUAUCGAGCAUGCUACAGUUUUCCUUGAGUUGUUCUAGAUUCAUCCCCAGUUCUUGACUUGCCCAAGUGCAAAUCGCCUUUUGAGUUUGGUGCUCGCCAAGAACAGAUGAAGCUUCAGAGGUUGUAUUCAGACCGAUUCCCUCAUGCAUUAGUUGAAGAACUAUCAGUGGGGGUUUCUGCUUAAACUUCACCUGCCCCAGCCAAAACUCUUCCACCUUGGGUGAUUUGUCUGAAAUGGCACCGCUCCUGUCGAUGCAGAUCACUGUAAUGGAUCCAAUUGCCUCACAAGCUGCAAGAUUUCUGACUAGUGCCUUCUCAUCUGCCAUUCUCUUGGUUGAAUAAGCAAGAGUUAUUGUGGCCGCGAGUAGUAAACCUUCUGGAAUGGCAGUUGUUGCAAUAACUAUCGGCAUGACCAGAAUCCCAACGAUGUCCUGCCCGACUUGAUUGAUGCUCUUGCUUGCACUAUAAUAAGCUGCUCCAUUGCCAUCCUUCAUCUUCCCGGUAAAGUAUUUAAUCAGCUGUAUCACGAGGACAAUUGACGCAACACCUAAUCCAAUCUUGGCUAUAUUCUGUGUCAGUUCAUGAAGCUUCACUUGUAAUGGUGUCUUAUCUUCAGCAGGGCUCAUCAUCUCCGCCCAUUUCGUGUCCGUGCCCACUGCAGUGACAAGCAUCCGAGCAUCACCGUUUGUGACUCUGCUUCCAGCCAGCAAGAAGGGGUUAUCAUAAUCAGGUCUAAUUUCUGCAUUUACUUGAAAUGAAUUCCCUUUUAUGUACAAUCCAUCUGCUGGAACUUGAUCCCCAAUCUGCAGGUGAAUGAGAUCUCCCACCACAGCUUCGUUUGCUGGAAUCUGUUGCUCUGUUUCGUCUCUUAUGACAAGAGUGGUGGUAUCAGUAAGGAUGUUGGAUUUGGAGAGUGUGUGGAGUUGUCUUGUUGGCCAGAUAUUGCUGAAAGAAAUGGCAGCCACUACAAGGAGUAUAGAGACAUAUAUGGAUAGCCCAUCAAUGACUCCAUUGAGCCCUUUUCUGAUUCCAAAACCCAUGGAUAGUGAAGCAGCCAGGAAUAACACAACAAGGAUUGGGUCUUUGAAGCUUUCCAGCACAAUCCUUAACAUCUUCGGAGAUGGCAUCUGAAUUGUGUUGGGACCAAAAGUUCGGCGGCGGAGGGAAACAGCUUCAGCUUCAGACUCAAUCCCCUUGUCGACAUCAGUUUUGAGCUCAGAGGCCAACCCUCGAACCCCUCCAAACCGAGCCAGUUGCUCAUGGUUUCUCUCUCUCACGAGCUUAGAGAGCCUCGCUACGUCGAUCCUCGAGAAGCUUUCUUGCUCUUCUUCCACAUCAAUUGUUGUGUAAGAAGGGGAGCGUGAAAACGUCGUGAAGAAUGCAUCUUGGUACUUUCUUGCUUGAUAGAAGGCCCUGCUGCUGCGUAGAACUAUAGAAAGCUUUUGCCACCGCACGUGGCGCUUCCUCAGCAUCGGCGCGAGCUCCACGCCGCCGCUGCUGUCUUCCUCCGGCGCGGAUUCGGGUAAGGAAACGGGCCUUUGGUGCAUGAUGGCUUGAUAACUGAAUGCUAGAUUCUUGAGGAAUUUGUAAAUGGGAUUCUGUAGAAAAGUGAGUAGCUCACUAUCCUACUAAAAGGAAGUAUCCCAUAUAUGGGGGGCUGAACUUGUACGGGAUUUGGGGGCGGUAGUCCCCGAGCCAAUUUUUAUUUGGGCAUUCCGUAUAAUUGCUUUAUAUACAUUAUUUUAUUUUUUAAAAUACGAAGGAGCUUUAGCCCCCCUAGACCCCUGGCUCCGCCACUGUAUAUAAUUGGAAAAUGACAUCAAUUCUUUACAGCUGCUAAUAUAAUGGUAUAUCCGUAUUGUGUC